AUGCGUGUACAUAUGGACUGUGCUGGAUGUGAGAACAAGAUCAAGAAAGCUCUCCAAAAGGUUAAAGGAGUAGACGACGUAGAUAUAGACAUGGGAAUGCAAAAGGUGACGGUGACAGGAUAUGCUGAUCAAAAGAAAGUGUUGAAAACUGUUAGGAAAACUGGAAGAAGAGCAGAAGUGUGGCAGUUUCCAUAUAAUCCAGAGCUACGAAAUAGUAAUUAUGCUGGGAAUUACAAUUAUCAGCAGAAUUACAGUGGCCCUUCAACUUACUAUGCUUCUCAGCCCUCAUCCUCUUGCUAUAACUACUACAAGCAUGGCUACGAUGAUCAUAAUUACGUCCCUUCGUACAGCGGUGGCAGCCAAGGACGUUCGACAAUUUUUGGAAACCGCACCGGCGAUACUUUCAGUGAUGAGAAUCCUCAUGGGUGUUCCAUAAUGUGA